UCCCAUUAUAAGAUCUCACUCUUCCAGUAUUGGCGAGGCCAGCAAGAGUUCCUUACUAGGCCCUAUCCGCUUCACUGGGUGCUCUUCGUCGAAACCAGUCCAGAUUUCGGCAACACCUACGAGAUCGUAGGCGAUCAGAAUACCUACACCUUUCGUAUGACAGAAAACCAGUUCUUCGAUGACAGGGAGUAUCGUGGAGGUUGUCAGGUUGGAAUACUGAAAUCGGAGGCGGAGCUCACCCUAAUGGGAGAGAUCCUCCAAAAAGUUGUCAUCUUCCAAAAUAUUCCCACUUGGAACAGCCAUAAUUGGGUGAAGGCAGCUCUGAGGACUCUGGGGCACUCAAGUUUUUGCAUCCACUUGGAUGUGUUGGUGGGAAAUCUUCAAUAUGUCAUGCUCGAUCAGCUGGAAUGUUGGUUUCGGAUUCAAUGUAGAGGUUAUAAAGUUGGAUUUGAGUAUUCCGUCCAAUUUGUCGGUCACGAAUAUCUCGAGUGUGUACUCCAGUCGAGGCUCCGGAUGUUGCAAAGAAGGGCGCAUUUGGGACGUGGAGGGGUUUUCAUUUGGUAG